ACAUACCUUCUGUUCUUGAAAAUAGAUACAAAGCGUUGGAUAAAUCCAAAAGCAAAUCCAACGGUUCUUGUUUCCGCUUCUCUGUCUGCGCCAUAGAUAUCACUAUCACAUCACUACUGACAAACUGCAUAUUGAACCCCGCGCAAAUUCAAAUCAUUUUUUACUUCCUUUCUCUCUUCUCCAUUUUUACACUUUUAGAGAGAGAAAGCUUCCGAUAUGAAGAGAAGACAAAGGAAGAACUCUUCUACUAGAGAGAGAAAGAAGCUCAAACUAUCUUCUCUUCAAAGACCUAUCAAGCCUAUGCUUACUCAAAUCUCUAUCAUUCAUCCUCAACAACACCAAUCAAAUCUGCUUCGAAAUGAUGCAUCUCGAAUAAAUGAUGACGAUUCUUCUCGGAGUCAGAACAUUUCAGAAUUUAAUUUCUGUCAUCAGUCAUCUAAGGUCGAUUCUGAUGUCGCUGAUGUUGGCUGUUCUGAAAUUCUUAGUCAAGAUUUCUUUUGCACACCUGAUUAUAUCACUCCAGAAUGUCAGAAUCUCUUCAGCGAUUUGGACGGCAACAAGCAGGAAAAUAUCGCUUGUCCACCCUCGCCGGAGAAAUUGAAGACUGUUAAUAGUAAAAUUAUUAAACGAGGAAUCUUUGUAAAAUCUCCGGGUCCUUUGUCUGACCAUCAGCGGAAUUCAGAACUUUCUACAGAUGUUCUUUAUGAGGAUGAGAACAAUCAAGAUGAUUGCAUAGCUAAUGUCGCAUGCAAAGGUCCUAGUUAUGUCCCUCAGUCAGCAAUUGCUUUACGCUGCCGUGUUAUGCCACCUCCCUGUCUAAAGAAUCCUUAUAUCAAGGAUGCUGUUGAGAUGGAUGUGGAUCCGUUUGGAAGUUGGAGAACAAAAUGUUCAGGUUAUCUCUCUUCGUCUACUGGUGUUGACAGCAUGUCACGCUAUCGAUCUGACUUCCAAGAAAUUGAGCAAAUUGGAAAUGGUAACUUCAGCCGUGUGUUUAAAGUCUUGAAGAGAAUUGAUGGUUGUAUGUAUGCAGUAAAACAUAGCACUAGGCAAUUGUGCCUUGAAACAGAAAGAAGGAAAGCUCUGAUGGAGGUUCAAGCAUUGGCAGCUAUAGGGUUUCAUGAAAACAUAGUAGCUUAUCACACUUCUUGGUUUGAAAAUGAGCAACUGUACAUACAGAUGGAGCUUUGUGACUAUAGCCUUUCUGUUUAUAAUUCAUCUUGCUCGCUAACUGAGGAAGAAAUUUUGGAAGCUUUUUUACAGAUUGCCAGAGCAUUGCAAUACAUACAUGUAAAAGGAAUUGCUCAUCUAGAUGUGAAGCCAGAGAACAUCUAUGUAAAGAACGGUGUGUACAAGCUUGGAGAUUUCGGUGGUGCUACACUACUGGACCAGACUCUUCCCAUUGAAGAAGGUGAUGCGCGCUACAUGCCUCAAGAAAUUUUGAACGAGAAGUAUGAUCAUCUUGAUAAAGUUGAUAUUUUUUCGUUGGGGGUUUCCAUUUAUGAGCUAUUGCGAGGGUCAUCACUCCCCGAUGCAGGGUAUCAGCUUUUAAAGGUGGGUAAACUACCAUUGCUUCCUAGCCAUUCACUGCAGCUUCAGAAUUUGCUCAAGGUAAUGGUGGAUCCAGAUCCAACAAGACGGCCUUCUGCAAAAGAAUUGGUACAAAACCCGAUUUUUUCCAGAAUUUUAUGAACUAAUUGAUCAGUAAUUCAGUACAACUCAAGUGUACGGGUUAGGGAUCCUUACAAUUUACAGGAUCUGCUGAAAGAAAGACAAUCAACUUGUAACACCCUUAAGUCUGCAGCUCGUGCCAAUGAUCUCAAUAUAGUAAGUUAUAAAUUUGAUUUAACUGCUGAUUAUGAUCAAUGUUAAAUGCACCAAGUUUUGCCUUCAUGUAUGGUGCACAUUUUGUAAAUGUAUGAUAAUGUAGAUUUGCAUAUGUUGAAUGGGGCGCAUUAAAACAACAAAUUGCAAUAUCAACAGAAUUGGUUUUUUUGGCUACCUGACUACACAUGUAUCUUCGCAUCCUAGUAAAAUAGGAAUAGGUUUUAUAAUGUCAAAAUUUUAAAAUUUUGAUUGUUCAAACUUUUUGUUGAAAGUGUCUAUUAGUAAAAGAAGUACAUUUAGCAAAAAUAAGUUACCUAAGUAAACAAAAAUAAAAUUAAGUUUACUAAGUACUUUAAUCUAAGUUUAACGUAAGCAACAAGUAAUACGUGUUGGAAUCAGAUCACUAGAACCUUAAUGAUGACGUUUAAUGCCCCGUGGUUUAAAUAGGUUUAUCGAGUCAGAUCAAAAUUCAUAUUUGAAGAACUCUAGAAACAGCAGGGUAAUAUCAUUAUUAUACCCAGUGUAUCCCGCUUAUAAAAAACUAUGGUCAGGAUCUAGGGAGGAAAGAGUGAUGGCAGCUCAAACCCAUAAAGAAAUGUGGUCAAAUAGUCUCUCGGCUCGAAAAACAGCAAAGUAAUAUAAUUGAAUAAAUGAGACGUUUCAAAAUGAGAAAAGUAAAAGGGAAGGAAGUAUACGUUGAAGAGGACACUGGGAUUGGGAAUAUUAUUACUUUUGUACUUUUGUUGGUUUCUAAUUUCUAUUUGUCCACGAAAUGGACGGGUCUAACGUCCAUACCAGAAUACCAGACUUCAAUUCUAAUCUGGGCGUGCACGGCGAGAACUGGAGCGUGCUGUGUGCAAAUAUUCUCUCUAAUCUCUAUCCUUAUGUGUAUGCCAAAUUUUAUCUGGUCCGUGUACAAUCUUUGUUCCGUAGAUUUAAUAUUAUGUACAAAUAAAUAAAAGCAAAAAUUGUGGAUAAAAAUGUAUAUUUUACUUUUAAAAUACUUGUUACAUUAUGAUUUUUGGUAUUAUUUAUCGUUCAAAUUUACUUUUUAAUGACGGCUAAUAUGUAAGAAAUAUAUAUUUUCAUGAUCUUAAGUUUUUCAUGAUAUUAAAUUUUUCUA